UUUAGUUUAUGGUGCGAUGGCUGUCAUUUCUUCGUUUUUAUUUUACAGAAAAUAAAAAGCUUUCUUACAGUGAUGUUUUCGUGAAUCAUGUAUAUAUUUUGUACUUUAGUGUUUAAGGAUAAGUGAAUUAAUAAUGCUCCGGUAGUAUUGAGCACGUAAAAUGUGUAAAUAAAUAUAUUUUCAUAGCAAUCGACGAUGGCGUCUGAUGGCGAAACUACUUGUACGAAUGAUCCUAAUUUCGCUGUAAUAUACUCUUUCUUGAAAGUGUUUGGUAAACUGUACGGCCUAGAAAUACCAUCAAUAACGAAAUUGCAAGAGUCGAUCGAGGAUACCCAAGAAGUGUUAGAACCUCUGAAAGACCUUCAUCUGCGAUUGUUGAGGCGUGCAUUGAAGUCGGUGCAGAGUAACCGCUGGGAGAGAUGUCUGAUCAAAUUUUGCCAUCAACAUGGUCAUCACCAAGAAGCUUGGGAAUUGGAAAGAUUCUCAUACAAGAAAGCUAGCACGCAGGUUAAAUUGAAGAUUCUGAAGGUGCUGCUAGAAUAUCAGUUCACAUGUCACAGUAAGUUCAAGACUUCAGUAAAUGCAAUAGCCUGUAACGACUUGCGGCUGGAACCAAUAGGGAAAGAUAAAAAUGGUUGUGUUUACUGGAUGCAAGUGGACCACGAGGCAAACCUGCAUUUGUAUAAGGAGGAUCAAGAUGAAGAGACAUGGCAGCUGGUGGCAAGAAAUAGGGAAGAGUUGGUUAAAGUUAUUGGGCAGCUGAAGAAAGGUGAGGACAUUGGAGCAUCUGCUGAGCCCACGGAGGAGACAAACAUCAAUGAAGACUCAAAUAGUGCAGAGGUGGUUCCUGAGGAGAAAAAGGAAACGAAGCCCGAGGAUGACAAUGAAGAGUUUUUAAGUCCAGAAUCAGAAUCAGAUAAUGAAGAGGGUGAAGAGAAAGUUGAACCAGAAGAGAAGCCCACUGAAAGCAAUACUGAUGCACAGAGUAAAGAAGAAGUUAAUAAGCCUGAAAGUGAUAAAGAAGAUGAAAGCAUAAAUGAAAAAGGUGAACCAGAAACCAAUCCUGAUAUUGAAAAUGCCGAAAGUAAAGCAUCAGAAUCUCCUAAACCCUCUGACAAGAAAGUAGAAGAUGAUAUAGUUGAAAAACCAGAACCUAUAGAAGAGCUGCCGAAAAACAAAGAUGAGUUAGAAGACAAAGAAUCAGAAGUAAAAGAAUCUGACUCUGCAGAAAAACCUAAAUCGCCAGAAAAACCUAAAUCGCCUGAAAAGCCUAAAUUACCUGAAAAACCUAUAUCACCUGAAAAACCUGAAUCGCCCAAAACAAAAGAGGCUGAAAGUGAUGAAGUAAGUGAAGCUGUUGAAGAACCAGUCAUGGUGAUUACUGGCGAGGGAAAUGGUGCAGAUUGUGAAAGUUCUUAUAUCAUAGGAGAAGAGAUUUGUGAGCCGAUUAUGUAUUUCUGGGGGGAAGGGUGUGGUUUUGAUAAUGAUACUGGUAAUACAGAUGCAAUCGAACAAUCAAACUCUUCCGAACAAACAUCAGAAAGAGACAGCAAAAGUGCAGAUCGUACUAAUGGUGAUUGUAGUACUGAUUUAAGUAGUUCAAGUAGUAAAUCUCCUAAAAUAGGAUCAACUAUUAAAUUAAGAAGUAGCCAAAUAUCUGUAACGAAAAGAUCACUGAAGAAACAGUCCAACGAUAGUGUGGAGGCAUUAAAAUCUGAUCCCAAAAAACAUUGUGUUAGGAAUAUAGAAAAGUCUGAUAGUUGUUCUAGUGUAAAUAAUGAUAAUAAAAAUACAAGCAAUAGUGAGAGUCCUGAUAAUAAACUGAAUAAGAGAAAAAGUAAAUCUAAACUAAAGAAAAAUAGUAGUGCGCCACCGCGGAAAAUAAAGUUAAAAGAAGAUAAAACUAUUAUUAGUUCGCCAGUAGAGACAAAUAGUUGUAGUGAUAAUAAGUCUGCUAUCAUAGAAAAAAGGAAAAGUAGUAUUUCUUCUACUGAGCACGAAGAUAAUGAACAUUCUGAGAAUGAUCAAGACACAACUCAAGACAAUGAUAAAGAAGGUAAACUCGAUGACACACUGCCUCCUAAAAAGCUUAAAUUGGAGACAAACGAUGUCGAUAAAGAUCCUUUAGCAGAUUCGCAACCUGAAAAAGACGAAUCGCCUACAGAAACGCCUGAAAAAUCUAAUGGGGACAGUGCAAAAGCCUCUAAAAGUGAAUCGAAACUAGAAGAUCCUGUCAAAAGUAAUUCUGAAGAUGAAAUUGUUAAACCAUCACCUGUUUCAUCUCGUAAGAAAAUUAAAGCCAACAGGGGUAAAUUAAAAAGAAGAAAAGUGUCCAUUAAACCGGAAAAUGACGAAAAAGCUUCCGAAAACGAAGAAAAAGAGGAAGACAGUGAUCAGAACUCAAAGAAACCAAAUGCGAAGUCCUUGAAAAGAUCAUUGUUGGAUAGCAGUCAUAGUGACAAAAAUAAAACUGAAUCUCAAACAGAAAGCGAGGAUGAAGAACCAGUUACAAAAGGGAAACGGCUCAAAAUUAAACCUAAGAAGAUUAUAACUUCAAACAGGAAAAAAGUGGAAGAUAAAAAGAAUCAGAAGAACUCGAGCGAAGAAUCAGAGGAAGAAACCCUUUAUAGUUUAGCCGGCAAAAAAGGUGCAAAGAAAAUCCUCAAAAAGGGCAAAGGAGGCAAGACUAGGAAUGACAAGAAAAAACCAGAAGUCAAACCGGAGCGAGGCGGUUCCGAGGACUCGGAAAUAACACCCGUGAGGCAGUCCAGGAGAAUAGCUCAGUUGAAGAUAAAGGAGGAAGCUGAUAGACGACACAUGGAAGAGGUGGCACUGAGGGAGUUGAAGAUACAGCAUAAGAAGGUUAAGAACCCGAACGCCAAAGACGAGGAAGAAGACUGGAAGGCGUCCGGUGCAUCAUCAGCUUCAGAAGACAAUCGCCGGCGCCGCAAGAAGGCGCUUUGGAAGGCCGCCGACUCGUCGCAUGAUGAUGAUUCCGAGAGUGAUGAGCCGCUGUUCGAGCAUGUGCAUGAGGAGCCUGACUUGGAUUUCUCAAAGUCUGACCACGAAUUCUCACCGGAAUCCGAUCUGGAGAGCGGCGAACCCGUGGAGCCGGUCAAAAGGGCGCGGACACUACAAGAAGGACAAGAGGACGGCGCGUGCGUCCGAUGCAAGAGCGGUGAGCAGCCCGAGUGGAUCCUCCUGUGUGACAAGUGUGAUGAGGGCUACCACGCGUCGUGUCUCAAGCCGCUGCUUCUGCUGGUGCCUGAGGGCGACUGGUUCUGUCCGCCGUGCCAACAUAACAUGCUGAUUGACUCUCUAGAAGCGGAGUUGACGAAAUACGACGAGCUGCUGAAAGUGGUGGAAGAAGAACGAGCCAAGAAGAAACUGGAAGAGAAGGAAACCAAGAAGGAGUCCAGCGAGGAAGAAAUUAAACGAGAGAGGAAGGAGAAGAGUUCCAGUGCAAGCUCUAGCGGUUCCUGGUCCUCAUCAGACGAGGAGGGUGCGGUGUACCGGCUUCGCGAGCGGAGACAGCUGCCUGUUAGCUACCGCGCCCGGGAGUAUGAUAGACUCAUCUCUUCUGCUAUCAAGGAGGAGUAUGUAGAGCCGACAUCGAGCGCCGGGAACCAAGGCCGGGGGAAGGACAUCUCCACUAUCAUAGAGGCUGCCGAGGAAGAGAAAAUGAAAGCGGACCGAGAGGCUUUGGAGCAGGGCAAACCUCUGGAGAAGAAGAAGAAGAAGCAGCGACGCAAGCCGAGGAAGCUGAACUCUCUGGACGUGCCUUCCGAGGAUGACGAUGAAACUGACGAGGAUUUCAAAGAUACUGGUAUGGAGUCGACAUCCGAGUCCAUAUCGUCGGAAGGCGACCGCGGCAGCUCGGGCGACUCGCGAUCCUCCGACUCGCUGCCGAUACGGAGGGCUUGCAGACCAGACAGCAAGAAGGAACGAGCCAAGAACCGGGAAUCUUCGCCUGAGGUUAAGAAGAAGAAAGGAGUCUUCAAUUCAUCAUCAAGCGAGUCCAGCGAUGCUAAGGAUUGGUCAAAGAAAAACAAAUCAAAACCGAAAAAGAAGCGCGACCGCGACAAAUCCUCGACCAAAAAGCCGAAGAAGCGUCGCGGCCUCACUCAAUACGACGCUGAAGGCAACGUGAUUCGUGCGCGAGUCACCUACGGCGGGCUCAGCGGGCCCGAAGACGUCAACGACUGGAGCCCUAAGCACAGGACCAGGCAGCGCAGGAUGAACUACACGGAGACGCCGAAUACCGAGUCGGAGGAUGAAAUGCACAAAUCGAGCGGCAAGCACAUGCCGGACAGCUCGGACGAGUUCAAAGUAACAGACUCGGACGUGGACUCGGACUCCGACGCAGAGAGAAAGAGGAAGAAGCUUCAAGAGGAAGCGGAUGAGGAGAAACAGAAGGCUAUGAGUGAUCUGGUGAACAAGACUGCUGUCGUGCCGCUGGAGAAACUGCCAGAGGAUGUCACUAAAGCCAAGACUGAGGAGCUGGAAGCGCAUUUGAAUGCCCAAAACCAGGCCGCCAACCAGACCCCCCGCCCCGCCAGAGGGCGCGGCAGUCGCGGCGGCAGAGGAAGCAGGGGUCCCCGAGGCAGCCGCGGCGCGGGGCGCGGCGGGGGCUCCAGCAGCGGCCGCCCCCCGGGGGAGGGCACCGACGACCCGCUCUCUAAACUUGUAGGAGUUAAAAUUAAAGAUCUGAGCCAAACCCCGGAAGCGCUAACACCACACCAAGUAGAGCGGGAGAAGAAACGGCAAGAGCGAGAAGCAAAACAAGCCGAGAAGGAAGCGCGGCGAAUGGAGCGACAGCAAAAGAAGGAAGAAAAAGAAAAACUCAAAGAGCAAAAGGCUAAAGAGCGCGAAGAGAAACGAGUAGCCCGCCUCGCUAUGCAGGAGAAUAAGAGAAUGAAGAAAGAAAAGCCGGAUGGUUACCCGAUGGCGGUUCCAAUAGCCGGGUUCCCGGGUAUACCCGGGGCGCGGCCGGGCGGCCCAGGCGGUCCGGAUAUGCAGCGGAUGCCCAAUAUGUACCACCCCCAGCCGGGCAUGCCGCGGCACCCGGGUGAACAUUACCCGCCCGAUCAGAGGUUCGCCGGAGCGCCUAGGUUACAGGUGCGUCCAGAGUUGCGUGCGAUGCAGCCGGACCUGGCCAACGUGCGCGCGCCGCCGCCGCGCGCCGACCGCCCGCACGGCAUGAGGGAAGGAACAUUAUCAGUUGCAGGAUCGCCGCAACCAUUCAAGCCGAUAUCCGAAGAGCCAAGCAUUAUCACACGAAUGCCGCACAUGAUCAAUCAACAAUACAGAGGCCCAAUGAUCUACCCGCCCGCCAACUCCCCGUACGGCUACCCGCGCGGGCCGCCACAGAACAUGGCGAUGUACCAGAUGCACCAUCAGCUUGGCCAACAUCAGCGCCCGCCGUAUGGCCAGCCCUACCCGUACGGGGGACCUUAUCCGGGGCCCUCGCAGAUGCCUGGGUCCCCGUCGCCUAGACCGGCCAUGCUGGAAGGCAGGCCAGAGGGAAGGCAUCAGUUGACGCCGGAAGGAAGACACCCACUAGGUCCGGAUGGUAGGAUGCCGGAUGGGAGGCAUCCAGGGCAAGAAGGCAGACAUCCCGGGCUGCCGCCGGAUGGCAGACAUCCUGGCAUGCCCCCAGAAGGUAGGCACCCAAGCUUGCCCCCAGAUGCCAGGCAUCCGGGAGAAGGCAGACAUCCAGGAUUAGGACCUGAAGGAAGACAUCCAGGGUUAGGGCCCGACGGUAGACCUGGUUUAGGACCAGAAGGACGGCAUCCGGGAUUGGGCCCGGAUGGCAGGCCCCAAAGUUUAGGGCCUGAAGGAAGACAUCCAGUCUUAGGACCAGACGGCAGACCCCAAAACUUAGGGCCUGAGGGUAGGCCACCGAGCAUGGGGCCAGAUGGAAGGCACCCAGGUAUGCCCCCAGAAGGUAGGCAUCCAGGCAUGCCGCCUGAUUCAAGACAUCCAGGAAUGCCCACAGAAAGGCAUCCCGGCAUGCCCCCAGAAGGUAGGCACCCGGGUUUGCCCCCUGAUUCAAGACAUUCAGGAAUAAUACCCCCGGAAGGUAGGCAUCCGGGUAUGCCACUAGACGGAAGACACCCCGGCAUGCCCCCAGAUGCAAGACACCCUGGACUGCCCCCUGAAAGACACCCAGGCAUGCCCCCAGAUGCGAGACAUCCAGGUGGGCCCCCAGAAGGUAGGCAUCCAGGAAUGCCCCCAGAUGCGAGACAUCCAAGUGUGCCCCCAGAAGGUAGGCAUCCAGGCAUGCCCCCAGAUGCAAGACAUCCAGGAAUGGAAUCAGAUCGAAGGCACCCAGGUAUGCCACCAGAAGGAAGGCACCCAGGCAUGCCGCCAGAUAGACAUCCAGGUAUUCCUCCCGAAAAUAGACACCCAGGAAUGCCUUCUGAAGGUAGACAUCCAAGUAUACCGCAUGAUGCGAGGCUUGGGAUGUCUCCCGAUGGCAGACCGCCGGGCAUGCCGCCAGACAGACACCCAGGCAUGCCCCCUGAGGCGAGACAUUCGGGAGCACCCCCCGAAGGUAGACUAGGCAUGCCGCCAGAUUCUAGGCAUCCUGGCAUGCCUCCUGAAGCUAGACAUCCGGGAAUGCCACCAGAAUCUAGGCAUCCAGGCAUGCCCACAGAUUCUAGGCAUCCUGGCAUGCCCCCAGAUUCUAGGCAUCCUGGUAUGCCUCCUGAGGCCAGACAUCCGGGAAUGCCCCCGGAAGGGAGAAUCGGCAUGCCCCCAGACGCCAGGCAACUAGGAAUGCCGCCAGAAAGACACCCAGGCAUGCCCCCGGACGGCAGAAUGCACCCAGAAGGAAGGCACGGGCUUCCUCCAGACGGUAGGCACGCCAUGUCGCCUGAAGGCAGACUUCCAGACGCUAGAGGUCCUCUAGGCCUUGCUAGACCACCACCAGGUAUGGACCGACCGCUCGAUGCCAGACCCCCGGGCAUGAGAACUGAAGAGAGACCAGGCUCGUCGCACCGCCCAGACGAGCGACCCCCGUCCGUGCCAGAAGGUCGUCCACACCCAGGACUACCGCCCAGAGACCCGGAAAGACGCCCGAGUGACGCCCGCCCGCCCGGAGCCCCGCCCAGCCCGCCGCCCACCAUCGACCCCAACAUCAAAAUAAAAGCCGAAGUAAAAACCGAGCCAGAAUACUCUCGCGAUUCAAACUCGUCCCCGCAAACAGACUACCACUCCUCGUCGCCGACUAAAGAAGACGCGCCGAGACAUCCCAAGAUGAAAGUGACUGAGAGUAAAGACAGGCGGCCGCGCUUCCCGCUCGGGCCGUACGCGCCGCAAUACGGGCCCUACGGACCCUACGCCCCGCCCGCCACUUCGCAAUCAGAACCUCCAGGCUUCAUGGGCAUCCCCCACCGCCUGCCACCCUCCCCGCUGCACCAGUUCCAUCCCUCUUUAGUGCAGAACUUAAACACGAAACCUCAGGAGCCCCGCAGCCCGCUGCCCCGCCCGCCCUCACAUAUGGAGCGCCCGCCUCACGACAUGCAGAGCCCCAUGCAUCACCCGUCAGCCUACCCCGGCGGCUUACCGCCCCAUUAUAUGCCGAUAGGGCAGAACCCGCAUUUACGCCCGCCCAUCCGCCCUCACUACGGCAUGGGCUUGCCGAUACGACACCCGAUGCCGGAGCGGUCGAGCCCGUCGCAGCCGCCGAUGAGGCUGCCCCCGCACUACGCACACCCGCCCAUGCCGCAGCACCCGCCCGCUGACCUACACCGGCUAGUCGACAAGCCGUCAUCUUUACCGCGAGAACCAGUAUUAUCUCCUCAACAGUCGCCCGUGAGUCUCAGUAAGGAAGAUACCCCUGAGGAGCCGCCUAAAGUGAAGGUGGAAGCCGCCGAGCCGACACCUCCGGCCGCGGAGAACGGGGCGGGAAGUCGGCUUUCCCCCAUUCCCAUGACAGCUGACCCAGUGGCCAGCAAACCCGCAGUGGAGGAAGAAGAGAAGGGUGAGGAUGUGGAGAAGGAAUCUGAGGAGAAGGUGGAGCCACCGGCACCGCGCGAGGAGGGUAGCGUGUUCGGUGGACUCGUCAGCUACUUUUCCAGCCAACGCGAGGAUGACGACAUAGACGCUUAAGCUAACUUUAUUUAUAGUACUAUAGACAUCAUAAUUAAGUAAUCCACUUGUAAAUAAGAUAGCGUAGGGAGAUUUAUUUAUACGAUAAUAAUAAUUAUGUAAUGCGUUGCAGUCGUAGUUCUGUAUAAUAAAUAUGUGUAUAACGUAAAUGAAUUAUUAUUAGAAAUUUUAUGACAAUGAAGAAAGAGUCUUUUUGGUCUCAAAUACACUACGAUUAAAUGUAUUAUUAUUUUUGAUGACGUUUAAGUAAAUUUAUUAUUUAUACUAUAAAAAGUAAAGUACUUACAGUAUACUCUUAUCACGAAUUUUAUUAAAAAAUAAUUUCUUUUUGCAGGAAUAAAUGUUUUAACUUAU